AUGAGUCUUCAGGAUCAUCAGUUUUUUAAUACGUCUUAUACGGCGUAUCAAAUGUCUCCUCUGUUCAAAUUUGGCUCGAUUAAUCUUCCUGACUUGAGUAAAAAAUUACAGAAGUACCUUAGAUAUGGCUCUACUCGGGGUGAAAACUCUCUUUUCGAUUCCAACUUUACAAGGUUAAAUAUAGAGAAUACUGAAUUUUCGGAAAUUGAACGAGUCGAUGUCUCGCGUGUUUUAAAACUAUCAGUCACUUACUCCAUAACUAACAGUGCAAGUGAAGUAAGAAGACUUGGUCAAGCUUUCUUCUUUGGUCCAUCAAGGAAUCCAGAGAAUGAUAAUAACGGUUCUAUACAUCUCCAUAAUAAUUCCAGCGAAUUUACUCACUUUCCUUUACUAUUUGUUCGUAUGGAUGCAAAGUUAUGGCAUCAUACUGAACAGUUUUUAAAGCUGCAGUUUGAUGUUCAAAUUGUCCCUUGUAAACUAACGUCCAAGACAUUAUUAAAGAUAUUUGACUACUGGGAGCUGUAUGUAAAGAGUACUGUGCUUUCUUUGCCAACAGAAUUCUCAUGGUCAAUAAAUAAUUCCAAUCUAUCUAAUUUGAGUAUUUCAAUUCGCGCCGAGGAUUGCAAUCUAUGGAUGAAGAGCUCAACCUCUCCUUGUAUUUAUGAUACUUUUGUCCGUCAUAUCCACAGAUGUACUUCAAUUGACUUAACCCAUCACCUCUUCACAGUCAUCAAAAUCGUUAUGGACAGUGCUAUAAUGACAUCUUCAGGAAAAUUUAAGUUCUUUCCUAACUCACACUCUAUCCUACCGACUUUUCUGUAUUUUAUAGAACAUCCUAUACAAACGUAA